AUGCUCCUCGAUAGUGGUCCCCAGUUUCCAUCGCUUGGAGUUGGAGGCUUCGGAACGCCGAGACACCAUGAGCUCGGGAACCGAGAGUCCGGACUAGGGCUCAAUCCCUUCGCGGACUCGUCCCAUUCAGCUGCGUUUAAAAUUAGCUCUGUUACACACGAUAUCGCCCCGAGCCAGACAUCGGCUUUCACCCCGCAAGCUACCGGAUAUGCAGCUGCGCUCGGACACCACCAUCACGGAGGACAGGUCGGUUCUUACGGUGGUGGUGCGUUCAACUCCACGCGAGAUUUCUUGUUCCGAAACCGGAGCGACUCGACGAGCGCAAGCGCGCAGCACGGGAUCUUCGCCGCUUCUGCCGGGAGUCUCCACGCACCCCCUGGAAUCUCGGACAACCUUCUGUUCCCAGGACUUCACGAGCAAAGCGUGAGCCAUACUUCUCCUGGAGGACACGUAGUGAACGGACAAAUGCACAUUGGUUUGCGUGGGGACCUUUUCGGGCGGCCGGAUCCGUAUCGCCCUGUUCCGAGUCCGCGCACGGAUCCGUACGGCGCCGCUCCGCUCCACAAUUACAAUCACCCCAUCAACAUGAACGUGGGGAUGAACGUGCCCACGCACCACGGGCCAGGCGCCUUCUUCCGCUACAUGCGGCAGCCGAUAAAACAAGAGCUGUCCUGCAAGUGGAUCGACGAGAACCAAAUAAACAGGCCCAAAAAAACUUGCGACAGAACUUUCAGCACCAUGCACGAGAUGGUCACGCAUGUGUCCAUGGAGCAUGUUGGUGGGCCCGAGCAGAGCAACCACGUUUGCUAUUGGGAAGACUGCCCAAGAGAAGGGAAAUCGUUUAAGGCCAAAUACAAACUAGUGAACCACAUCAGAGUGCACACCGGAGAGAAACCGUUCCCUUGUCCUUUCCCUGGUUGCGGGAAAAUUUUUGCAAGAUCAGAAAAUUUAAAAAUUCACAAGAGGACUCAUACUGGCGAGAAGCCGUUUAAGUGUGAGUUCGAGGGCUGCGACAGGCGCUUCGCGAACAGCAGCGACAGAAAAAAGCACAUGCAUGUGCAUACUUCUGACAAGCCCUACAUCUGCAAAGUAUGCGACAAGUCCUACACGCACCCAAGCUCACUCAGGAAGCACAUGAAGGUCCACGAGUCACAAGGUUCGGAGUCGUCUCCAGCAGCCAGCUCCGGGUACGAGUCCUCCACGCCGCCUGUGCUGGUUUCAGCGAACUCAGAAGAUCCAACCAAAACGCCUGAAACAAGCGUGCAAAGCGCAUCAACACACAGCGACGCUUUAGCGCCCAACUUCAACGAAUGGUACGUUUGAAGAUCCGACUAGACUCUUAUUGCGGACCAAAAGGUUCAGGCAACCUUUAAAAACACAAACCACUAUUCACACCACAGUGAACAACACAAAGAGCUGAGAGUUCGCCCCAGCAGGCCUCGUCCGUGUCUCAGGAUCCAAAAUCUGACUUUUAUUCCGAGAUCGAAAGAAGAAGAAGAAG